UCUUUCACGAAUGCCAGAAGGACCUUUCUUGUAAAUGCCCUGUGUGUGCGAGCGAUAGCUGUCACUGUCAAAUCAUUGAAUCAAUCGAGGUGGCUUUUUUUUCCCUUCUUUUUCUUAAAUUGAUUUUAUUUUAAACGUACGUUUUCAGCGCACGGUUCUGCUCUUCUUCUCGUCAUCAUGUUCGAGGAAGCCAGCGAGGUGUUCGAGAACAUGUUGAAAGCUUCUUUCCCGUUGACUUUCAUUGUGUUAUUACCGGCGGUUCUGUUCCUGGUGUCUCCGCUACCGGCGGAGGCUGCUCACGAAUUCACGGUCUAUCGCAUGCAGCAGUAUGAUCUGCAGGGGCAAGCCUAUGGUACCAGGAGCUCAGUGUUAAACACAGAGGCCCGCACAGUGGAAGCAGAUGUGCUCAGCCGGCGAUGCGUGAUAAUGCGGCUGCUUGACUUCUCCUACGAGAAGUAUCAGAAAGCGCUCCGCCAGUCCGCGGGGGCUGUGGUCAUCAUCUUGCCACAAAACAUGUCCACUAUGCCCCAGGACAUUGUGCAGCAAUUCAUGGAGAUUGAGCCGGAGCUGCUGGCCACAGAGACGAUCGUUCCUGUGUAUUUCGCUCUGGAAGAAGAGGAGCUGCUCUCGAUAUACGAGCAGACCCUGACCUCCUCUUCCUCCCAGGGCUUGGCCUCUGCUGCAGAAGUGCUGCUACACACAGCUACUGCAAACGGUUUCCAGAUGGUAACGAGCGGAGCACAGAGCAAGGCUGUCAGCGACUGGGCUAUUACAAGCCUGGAGGGAAGGCUAGCUGGUGUGGGUGGAGAAGAUCUUCCGACCAUUGUCCUCGUAGCGCAUUACGACUCGUUCUGUGUGGCUCCGUGGCUGUCGUACGGGGCUGACUCCAACGGCAGCGGGGUGGCUGUCCUGCUGGAACUGGCCAGGCUCUUCUCAAGGCUCUACACCUACAAGAGAACACAUGCUGCAUACAACUUGCUGUUCUUCGUUUCGGGAGGUGGGAAGUUUAAUUAUCAAGGAACUAAACGCUGGUUAGAAGACAAUCUGGAUCACACAGACUCCAGCCUGCUGCAGGAUAACGUGGCCUUCGUCUUGUGCCUCGAUACAUUGGGGAGCAGCGACAGCCUUCACCUGCACGUUUCCAAGCCCCCGAAAGAGGGGAGCCCCCAGCACACGCUCCUCAAAGAGCUGGAGACAGUCUCUUCCAGCCAGUACCCGGAGGUGAAGUUCUCCAUGGUGCACAAGAAGAUCAACCUGGCGGACGACACUCUGGCCUGGGAGCACGAGCGUUUCGGCAUUCGCCGGCUCCCCGCCUUCACCCUGUCCCAUCUGGAGAGCCACCGCAGCGCAGCCCGCAGCAGCAUCAUGGACGUGCGGUCAGUGCCAGGCAAAGGGACCCAGGUGGAUGUGCAAACUCUCAGCCGUAAUACUAAAAUCAUAGCAGAGGCACUGGCUAGAGUCAUCUAUAACCUCACAGGAAAGGGUGCCCCAGAGGACCUGCAGAUCUUUACAGAACAAAUGCAGGUCCAGGAAGAGCAGCUGUCAUCCGUGCUGGACUGGUUGACCUCUCAGCCCCGGGCUGCGCAGCUCGUUGACAAGGAGAGCCCUGUGGUGGGCACACUGGAGUACUACCUGAGCCGAUACCUCAAGGACGUCAAGCGCCACUACGUCAAGGCAGACAAGAGAGAUCCAGAAUUUGUCUUCUAUGAUCAGCUGAAGCAGGUCAUGAAUGCAUACAGAGUGAAGCCUGCUAUCUUUGAUCUGCUGCUUGCUCUUUGUAUAGCAGUCUAUCUGGGGGUGAUGUAUUUAGCGAUCCAGAACUUCUGGCUUCUCUACAGUGUGGUACGGAAGGUGACUCAGCCCAAGGCUAAGCAGCAUUAAACUUUUUAUAAGACUUUUCACUCCUUGUGUGUUUUUGGGAAAAAUCAUGAUGGGAUUUUUUUUUUUUAUUUAAUUGGAAUUGUCCCUGCAGAAUUUAAACUGAGCCUAAAGCCGCUACCCCUUUUACAGGAUCAAUAGGUUGAAAGACCAAGCCCCUGUCUUUCUCUCUCCAGAGUCAAUAUACCUUUUCAAUUCACUAGUGCGGCUAUCCACACCCUGCAUAUAAGCUACAGUCUGUGUGGGAGCUUUCAUUUUUAAAGGUGUAUGUAUAAAAUCAAUUUUCCUAUCCAGGUGUGCCCUAGUUCUGUUUGAUAUUCUGUGUUCUACUGGAUUCCCAGUUUAGCCAUAUGAACUUUCACUCUUCAGGUUUUCAAUGUGGCUGUGAUUUCAGGUAAAACAGCAUGUCAGGUAUAGGAUCGUACCAAAGCUCUGUGUUUGGGAGGGGGGGGGGGGGUACGUACGUUAUGUUUACUCUUCCUGACACAUUCUACUGCGCCUCUUUCAGCACAGAGCUUUGGAAAAGUUUAUCUGAAUAAAAUGGGAGAAUUUAGAUUUAGGAUACUGGAGGAAAACAAUUUAUAAAUACAAAUACACCUUAAAACAAAUACUGCCACCCCCCCUGUCACUGGUUGUUCUGCUUCAGAGGUAUGUGUUCACAGAAUAUUACAGAACAUGUGACGAGUCAAUUGUUGGAGACUGUACCAGUAACCACUGGAAUCCCUGUGUGUACUUAUUCAUGGGCACAUAAAUGACACUGUUUAUGACAACUGCCAAUAAAAAGUGUAGGAAACAGUGGA